CCUUGGCCAGGCCACUAUUGACAAAGCUGCCAGCUGUGGUGGAGCCCGGUCGCCAGGCCCUUGCCCCCUCCCCGUCUCCUUCCUCCCCCAGGGCCAGCAUGAAUGGGGCUGAGCCUCGACUGUCUCCCUCCCACUCAGGACAAUGCCCCCCACAGCCAUCUUGUGCCCAUCGCUACUGCCCUGAGGCAGCUGAUGUGAGGAGACCCCAUUUCUGCACUCCGUAAUGGUGGCUCCUGUGAUGGCUCCCUGGCCUCUCUUCAGCCUCCACCUUCUGCUGCUGUUCCUGCUGCUGCUGCCCUUGACCAGAGCCCAUCGCUUCUCUGUACCCAACACCAGCUUCAACCACCUGGUGCUGGAGCCAGGCCAGGGCACACUCUACGUGGGUGCAGUGAAUCAUCUCUUCCAGCUCAGUCCUGAGCUGAAGAUGGAGGCUGUGGCUGUCACUGGCCCUAUCAUCGACAGUCCUGACUGUGUGCCUUUCCGUGACUUGGCUGAGUGCCCACAGGCCCAGCUCACUGAUAAUGCCAACCAGCUCUUGCUAGUGAGCAGCAGGGCCCAGGAGCUGGUGGCUUGUGGGCAAGUGAGGCAGGGUGUGUGUGAGAAGCGGAGCCUUGGGGAUGUGGCUCAGGUGCUGUACCAGGCUGAGGACCCUGGUGAUGGGCAGUUUGUGGCUGCCAAUACCCCGGGAGUAACCACAGUGGGCCUAGUGGUGCCCUUGCCAGGCCAAGACCUCCUGCUGGUGGCCAGGGGCCUGGCAGGCAAGCUGUCAGCAGGGGUACCACCCCUAACUGUGCGCCAGCUGGCUGGCCCACAGCCUUUCUCCAGCGAAGGUCUGGGACGACUCGUGGUGGGAGACUUCUCAGACUAUAACAAUAGCUAUGUGGGGGCUUUCUCUGAUACCCACUCUGCCUACUUUGUCUUCCGUCGGCGUGGGGCUCGGGCCCAGGCUGAAUAUCGCUCCUAUGUAGCUCGUGUCUGCCUUGGAGAUGUCAACCUUUACUCCUAUGUGGAAGUGCCCCUUGCCUGCCAUGGCCAGGGCCUUAUCCAAGCUGCCUUCCUUGCUCCAGACACAUUGCUAGGCGCAUUUGCAGCAGGCACAAGUCAGGCACAGGCAGCCCUGUGUGCCUUUCCCUUAGCUGACCUGGACAAGAGUAUGGAACAGGCCAGGCGACUUUGCUAUACCACUGGUGGUCAGGGUCCCAGUGGCAUGGAAGAAGCCACCGUGGAGUAUGGUGUCACGUCCCGUUGCAUCACCCUGCCUCCUGACUCCCCCGAGUCAUACCCCUGUGGUGAUGAACAUACCCCCAGCCCUAUCGCAGGCCGCCAACCCCUGGAAGCCCAGCCUUUGCUACAGCUGGGACAGCCCAUCAGUGCAGUGACUGCUCUCCAGGCAGAUGGGCACACGAUAGCCUUCCUGGGAGACACCCAGGGCCAGCUACAUAAGGUCUUCCUAAACAGCUCCCAAGGCCAGAUAUACCAUUCCCAGCAAGUGGGGCCCCCAGGCUCAGCCAUCAGCCCAGACCUGCUGGUAGACAGUAGUGGGGACCACCUCUAUGUCCUGACUGCCCAGCAGGUAGACCGGAUUCUUGUGGCAGCCUGUCCUCAGUUCCCCAACUGCACCACCUGCCUCCAGGCUAGGGACCCACUGUGUGGCUGGUGCAUCCUUCAGGGCAGGUGUACUCGGAGGGGCGAGUGUGGACGGGCAGCCCAGCCAAACCAGUGGCUGUGGAGCUAUGAAGACAACUACUGCCUUCACAUUCAGAGCCUGCUACCAGCCCAGCACCCCCGCCAGGAACAGGGCCAGGUCACUCUGUCUGUUCCCCGGCUGCCUACCCUGGCUAUGGAUGAAUACUUCCAUUGUGCUUUUGGGGACUAUAACAGUCUGGCUCAGGUGGAAGGGCUCCAUGUGGUCUGUGUCACCCCUCCUGGAGAUCAGGUGCCACCUAACCCUCCAGGCUCUGAUCAUGUCAUCUUGCCCCUGGCUCUGAUGUUUGAGGAUGUGGUUGUGGCUGCCACCACCUUCUCCUUCUAUGACUGCAGUGCUGUCCAGGCCUUGGAAGUGGCUGCCCCGUGUCGCACUUGUGUGGGCAGCCUGUGGCGGUGCCACUGGUGCCCCCAGAGCAGCCAUUGUGUAUAUGGCGAGCACUGCCCAGAGGGUGAGAAGACUGUCUACAGUGCUCAGGAGGUGGACAUCCAGGUUCGUGGCCCAGGGGCUUGUCCUCAGGUUGAGGGCCUAGCAAGUCCCCAAUUGGUGCCUGUGGGCUGGGAGAGCCAUUUGGCCCUGCACAUUCAGAACCUUCACUAUUUCCGAGGUGUGCCUGCCUUAUACUACUGCUGGCUAGAGCUGCCUGGAAAACUGCAGAAGCUACCUGCCUUCCUAGAGGAGACAUCCAAGGACUCUGGCCUCAUUCACUGCCAGGCCCAGCAGUUCCAUCCCUCUAUGUCCCAGAGGGAGCUCCCAGUGCCCAUCUAUGUAACCAGAGGUGAGAUCCAACGGCUGGACAAUGCCCAUGAUCUUCAUGUGACUCUGUAUGACUGUGCUGUGGGUCACCCUGACUGCAGCCAUUGCCAGGCAGCCAAUGGAAGCCUAAGCUGCCUGUGGUGUGUUGAUGGCCAGCCUUCCUGCCGCUAUGGGCCGCUGUGCCCACCAGAUACUGUGGAACAGCUAUGCCCUACACCCACCAUUGAUGUGAUUGAACCCCUGACUGGUCCCCCAGAAGGUGGCUUGGCCAUCACCAUCCUGGGUUCCAACCUGGGCCAGGCCUUUAAUGAUGUGCAAAAUGCUGUGACUGUGGCUGGCCAGCCCUGCAACCCUGACGCUUCUCUCUACCGCAUCUCUGCCCGGAUUGUGUGUGUGAUAUCUCCUGCUCCCAAUGGCACUGCUGGGCCUGUCCAAGUGGCCAUUAAGAGUCGUCCUCCCGGCAUCUCAAUCCAGCACUUCAUCUACCAGGACCCUGUCCUGCUAAGCCUGAGUCCUCAGUGGGGUCCCCAGUCAGGGGGUACCCAGCUCACCAUCCAUGGGCAGUACCUCCAGACAGGAGGCAACAUCAGGGCCUUUGUGGGUGACCAACCUUGCCUCAUCCAGGAGCCUGUGUGUCCUGAAGCCAUCAUAUGCCACACCAUGCCCCAAGCAGAGCCAGGAGAAGCAGUAGUCCUUGUAGUCUUUGGACAUGUUGAGCGCAAACUGCUCACCACCCCAUUUCGAUAUACUGCCAAUCCCCAGCUGAUGGCAGCAGAGCCUAGUGUCAGUUUUCGGGGGGGUGGACGACUGAUUCGAGUCAGGGGUAUAGGCCUAGAUGUCGUGUGGCAGCCCUUGCUGUCUGUGUGGCUGGAGGAUGAGGACCAGGUAAAGGCUUUGGGGGGCCAGGGCCAGGAUGUGAACCCAAGGAGGAACUGCGGUGCCCCUGCUGCAGAUCCCCAGGGUUGUAUCCAGCUUGAGAGUGGCUUGCUACAGGUGAGUCCCCUACCACCACUAGCAGAGAAUAGGGUCAUCCCCAGGGAAUGCUUAGUGAGGGGGCAGGGAGGAUCACCAAGACCACUCACUGAUCUGCAUUUCUGUCCCCUCCAGUGCUCCACUCUGUGCUCUGUUAACUCAUCUAGCCUCCUCCUGUGCCACAGUCCAGCGGUGCCAGAUGGGGCCAUGCCAAAGAGAGUCUUCUUUGCCUUAGACAACAUGCAAGUAGACUUUGCCAGUGCUAGUGGGGGCCAGGGAUUUCUGUACCAGCCUAACCCUCGCCUGGUCCCACUUAGUCAUGAAGGAGUCACUCACCCCUACCGCCUCAAGCCAGGUCAUGUCCUGGAUGUGGAGGGCGAGGGCCUCAACCUAGGGAUCAGCAAAGAAGAGGUGCGGGUGCACAUUGGGGAUGGAGAGUGCCUGGUGAAGACACUGACACUUACUCACUUGUACUGCGAGCCACCCCACCAUGCCCCUCAGCCAGCCAAUGGUUCAGGCACCCUGCUUCAGUUUGUGGUGCAGAUGGGCAAUGUGCGCCUGGCUCUGGGCCCUGUCCAGUAUGAAGCAGAGCCCACGAUGUCCACCUUUCCUGUGGAGGCCCAGGUGGGCCUGGGCCUGGGUGCUACUGUGCUGAUUGCUGCGGUGCUCCUCCUCACACUCAUGUACAGGCACAAGAGCAAGCAGGCCCUGAGAGACUAUCAGAAGGUGCUGGUGCAGCUGGAGAACCUGGAGACUGGUGUGGGUGACCAGUGUCGCAAGGAGUUCACAGACCUGAUGACUGAGAUGACAGACCUCACCAGUGACCUAGAGGCCAGUGGGAUACCCUUCCUGGAUUACCGGACAUAUGCUGAGCGUGCCUUCUUCCCCGGCCAUGGUGGCUGCCCACUGCAGCCAGAGCUUGAAGGGCCUGGGGAAGAGGGUCGCUGUGCCACUAUGCACCAGGGCCUCACACAACUCUCCAAUGUGCUCAACAGCAAGCCCUUCCUUCUCACACUCAUCCACACUCUGGAGGAGCAGCCAAACUUUUCCCAGAGGGACCGCUGCCAUGUGGCUUCACUGAUUUCCCUGGCUCUGCACAGCAAGCUUGAGUACUUGACCGACAUCCUGAGAACUCUGCUUGGUGACCUAGCAGCCCAUUAUGUACACAAGAACCCUAAGCUCAUGUUACGCAGGACAGAGACCAUGGUAGAGAAGCUGCUCACCAACUGGCUAUCCAUCUGUCUCUAUGACUUCUUAAAGGAAGUGGCUGGUGAGCCACUGUACAUGCUCUUCCGGGCCAUCAAGUACCAGGUGGACAAGGGCCCUGUGGACGCUGUGACAGGCAAAGCAAAACGAACUCUGAAUGAUAGCCAUCUGCUACGAGAGGAUGUGGAGUUCCAGCCCUUGACCUUGAUGGCACUAGUGGGACCUGAGUCUUGUGGGGUAGCAGGGAGCAGCGAGGUGCAGCGAAUGCCAGCCCGGGUGCUUGACACAGACACCAUAACCCAAGUCAAGGAGAAGAUGUUAGAUCAAGUCUACAAGGGAACCCCCUUCUCCCAGAGGCCUUCAGUGCACUCCUUAGACCUUGAGUGGCGCUCAGGACUAGCUGGUCACCUAACCCUGUCAGAUGAGGACUUGACCUCCGUGACUCAAAACCACUGGAAGAGACUCAACACCCUGCAACACUACAAGGUCCCAGAUGGAGCAACAGUGGUGCUCAUUCCUCAGCUGCACAAUGGUGACACUGUCUCCCAGAGACUGGGCCAGACUGGCUGCCCCUCUGGAGAGAACAUCCCCAUGCUGGAAGAUGGUGAGGAGGGUGGAGUUCGGCUCUGGCACCUGGUGAAGGCCACUGAGGAGUCAGAAGGAGCCAAAGUGCAGUGCAGCAGCCUCCGGGAACGGGAACGAGAACGAGAACGGGCAGGAGCCAAGGCCAUUCCUGAAAUCUAUCUCACCCGUUUACUUUCAAUGAAGAGAACCUUGCAGAAGUUUGUGGAUGACACCUUCCAGGCCAUUCUUAGCGUGAAUCGGCCUGUGCCUAUUGCUGUUAAGUACCUAUUUGACUUCCUGGAUGAGCUGGCAGAGAAACAUGGCAUAGAGGAUCCAGAGACCCUGCACAUUUGGAAGACAAACAGCCUACUGCUGCGAUUCUGGGUGAAUGCCUUGAAGAACCCACAGCUCAUUUUUGAUGUGCGGGUGUCAGACAACGAGGAUGCCAUCUUGGCUGUCAUUGCACAGACCUUCAUCGACUCUUGCAUGGUCUCGGAGCAUAAAGUGGGCAGGGAUUCCCCAGUGAACAAACUGCUCUAUGCCCGGGAGAUCCCUCGAUACAAGAAGAUGGUGGAGAAGUACUAUGCAGACAUUCACCAGAGCUCUCCAGCGAGCUAUCAGGAGAUGAACUCAGCUCUGGCUGAACUCUCUGGGAACUACACCUCUGCUCCCCACUGUCUGGAGGCUCUUCGAGAACUUUACAACCACAUCCACAGCUCUCAGACUUCCUGUGGGCCUGAGUCCUCAGGCUCUGAAUUAGCUCCAGUCACACCAGCACCUCGGUUGCUGCAGGGGCUCCUGGGUUCUGAUGAUGAGGAGCAGGAAGACCCCAAGGAUUAUUGCAAGGGUGGUUACUACCCAGUGAAGAUAGGUGAUUUGUUCAAUGGGCGGUACCAUGUGGUGCGCAAGCUAGGCUGGGGCCACUUCUCUACGGUCUGGCUCUGCUGGGAUAUUCAGCGCAAGCGCUUCGUGGCCCUGAAAGUAGUGAAGAGCGCAGGGCAUUACACAGAGACAGCUGUGGAUGAGAUCAAGCUCCUGAAAUGUGUCCGGGACAGUGAUCCUAGUGACCCCAAAAGAGAGACCAUUGUUCAGCUCAUUGAUGACUUCAGGAUCUCAGGAGUUAAUGGAGUCCAUGUGUGCAUGGUGCUAGAGGUCCUGGGCCACCAGCUCCUCAAGUGGAUCAUCAAGUCCAACUACCAGGGUCUGCCUGUGCCCUGUGUUAAGAGCAUUGUUAGGCAGGUACUACAUGGUCUGGAUUACCUCCAUACUAAGUGCAAGAUCAUCCACACGGACAUCAAGCCUGAGAACAUCCUUCUGUGUGUUGGAGAUGCCUACAUUAGGCGCCUGGCUGCUGAAGCUACAGAGUGGCAGCAGUCAGGGGCCCAGCCCCCAUCCCGCUCCACAGUUAGCACCGCCCCCCAGGAGGUCUUGACUGGUAAGCUGUCCAAAAACAAGAGGAAGAAGAUGAGGCGCAAAAGGAAGCAACAGAAGUGGCUGCUGGAGGAGCGGCUGCAGGACUUGCAGAGGCUGGAGGCCAUGGAAGAUGCAGUACAGGCUGAGGACUCUGGCUCAAGAUUAGAGCAGGGCAGCGGCUCCACCUCUUCUUCAGGCUGCCACCCAGAGGGCACCAGGGCUGGCCCCUCUCCAGCCUCUUCUUCCCCUGUGCCUGGGGGUGACCGCAGCCUUAGUCCCAGCUCACAGACCUCAGGUUUCUCAGGGUCUCUGUUCUCCACGGCUUCCUGCUCCAUCCUCUCAGGGUCAUCUAAUCAGCGUGAGACUGGAGGUCUCCUGUCUCCUAGCACACCAUUUGGUGCUUCCAACCUCCUGGUGAACCCCCUGGAGCCCCAAAAUGCAGACAAGAUCAAGAUCAAGAUUGCAGACCUGGGCAAUGCCUGCUGGGUGCACAAACACUUCACCGAGGACAUUCAGACUCGGCAGUACAGGGCCGUGGAGGUGCUGAUUGGUGCUGAGUAUGGCCCCCCAGCUGACAUCUGGAGCACAGCAUGCAUGGCCUUUGAGCUGGCCACUGGCGACUACCUGUUUGAGCCUCACUCUGGAGAAGAUUACAGUCGUGAUGAAGACCACAUUGCUCAUAUCGUGGAGCUUCUGGGAGACAUCCCCCCAGCUUUUGCCCUCUCAGGCCGCUAUUCACGGGAGUUCUUCAACCGCAGGGGACAGCUGCGCCACAUCCAUAACCUCAAGCAUUGGGGCCUAUAUGAGGUGCUCAUGGAGAAGUAUGAGUGGCCCCUGGAGCAAGCCACACAGUUCAGCGCCUUCCUGUUGCCCAUGAUGGAGUACAUCCCUGAGAAGAGGGCCAGUGCUGCCGACUGCCUCCAGCACCCCUGGCUUAAUCCCUAGAUCUUGCUGGAGCUGUGGACAGCAGGGGCUGUGCUGGCUUUGCCCUAGCUCACAGUGCCUUGAGGGAAAGCAGGCAACUUCUACCACCCUGUGGGAGCUGUUCUCCCACCCUACUGGGUGCUAUUGUGUUCACCCCCUCUCCAUGGCAGGACAGAAAUGCUGAGGCAAAGCCCACAUUUCAGCCUGUCUACUUGUGAUCCUCCUAGAGGGUCCUGAGUGGGAAAAAGUGCCUGUUUCUUUCUUAAUAAAAGUGGGAACUGAAA